AUGUCGGACGAGGAGCAUCACUUCGAAUCCAAGGCGGACGCCGGCGCAUCCAAGACCUACCCUCAGCAAGCUGGCACCAUUCGCAAAAACGGCCACAUAGUCAUCAAGGGCAGGCCCUGCAAGGUUGUUGAAGUCUCUACUUCAAAAACCGGCAAGCAUGGACACGCCAAGUGUCACUUUGUGGCUAUUGACAUAUUCAAUGGCAAGAAGCUUGAAGAUAUUGUUCCAUCAUCCCACAACUGUGAUGUGCCUCAUGUGAACCGUACUGAUUAUCAGCUUAUAGACAUCUCCGAAGAUGGUUUUGUCUCUCUUCUGACUGAAAAUGGUAACACCAAAGAUGAUCUGAGGCUUCCUACCGAUGAGAAUCUGCUUUCUCAGAUUAAAAGUGGGUUCGAGGAAGGAAAGGAUCUUGUGGUGUCUGUUAUGUGUGCUAUGGGAGAAGAGCAGAUCUGUGCCCUCAAAGACAUUGGUCCCAAGAAUUAA